AUGGCUAAACCUCACAUUUUCUUAUACAUUAUCACAUUCAUUUCUCUCCCUUAUGUUUUUACACUCGAGGGGCAAUCUCCAUCUAGUUUGAGGAAACCUUUGCACGCCUCUGUUACCUUAUCGAGGACUUCUUGGCAAGAACGAGUAACAACUCCUCCAUUGCCAAUUCUUCCCUUACCAACUUUCUCUCAAUUGCAAUGGCAGCAAAGAGAAAUCAUCACGUUCCAUCACUUUGGUGUCAACACCUUCACCGACUCCGAAUGGGGCACCGGACAAGAAAGCCCGUCUAUUUUCAACCCAACGGGACUUGAUACAAACCAAUGGGCCGACACGGUGGCCCAAGCUGGGGUCUCUCUUAUGAUACUCACAGCUAAACAUCAUGAUGGUUUUUGCCUGUGGCCUUCUAAAUACACUGAUCAUUCAAUUAUUGGAAGUCCUUGGAAAAGUGGGCAUGGCGAUGUAGUUCAGGAGUUUGUCAAUGCUGCAAAAGCUCGUGGUAUAGAUGUCGGGCUUUACCUUUCACCAUGGGAUCGCCAUGAUCCAAGAUAUGGACACAAUAAGGAGUACAAUGAAUACUAUCUGGCUCAAUUGCAAGAACUUCUCAAUAGAUAUGGGAGUGUUAGAGAGAUAUGGUUUGAUGGAGCAAAGGGCGCAAACACACCAAACAUGACUUACUAUUUUAGUGACUGGUUCUCAAUGGUGACGGAAUUGCAGAGCACAAUCAACAUAUUUUCCGAUGCCGGUCCCGGCGUUAGGUGGGUCGGAAAUGAGAAGGGAUUUGCCGGGAGCACAUGUUGGUCUACCAUUAAUCGAACAUCUCUAUCCAUUGGUAAUGGUAGCAUUGUUGAUUAUCUCAACACUGGUGAUCCGAAAGGAACAGAUUGGCUGCCAGCAGAGUGUGAUGUUUCAAUUAGAAAAGGGUGGUUUUGGCAUAAGUCUCAAGUACCAAAAAGGUUAAGUGAAUUGUUAGAGAUUUACUACAAUUCUGUGGGACGAAACUGCGUGUUACUACUUAAUGUGCCACCAAAUACCACGGGGCUAAUAUCCGAGAAUGAUGUCCAAAGAUUGAAAGAAUUUAGAGGUGCAAUUGAUACGAUAUUUUCGACAAACUUGGCAGAAAAAUGUUCUAUCAGAGCAAGUAGCCAGCGCGGAGGUGAAAGCGGCGAUUUUGGACCAGACAACGUACUAGACAAGGACCAUUUAUGGACAUACUGGACCCCAACAGACGAAGACAAAAAGGACCAAUGGAUUGAAUUUAAGGCAAAAACUGGAAAAAUAAAAUUCAAUGUGAUUCGAAUUCAAGAAGCGAUUGGACUGGGACAACGGAUAAAAAAACACAAAAUAUACGUGGAUGGCAAUCGGGUUGCUGAAGGAACCACAGUAGGGUACAAGAAGCUUCAUAGGCUGGAGAAAGGAGUUGUGGAUGCAUUUAGUGUGAGAAUAAAAAUAGUGGGAUCAAGAGGAACUCCACUAAUUUCUUCUGUAGGUUUGCAUUUUGAUCCUUUUUGGCACCCAAAAGGGAAGAAGACUUCACAAAUGGUCCACUAG